UCAACGCCUGACCUAACCCUAGGGUUAAAUACCGUUUGCUCUCUCUUUCUUCCUCUUCUAAGAAGCAAAGAGACUCAAGGACUCUCGUCUCCUCUCUUGUCUCUGCUACUUCUACUCCCCCGAAAACCCUACUGACCCACCCGAACCCUAGCUCGGAUCUAUUCCUUCUCCUCGUCCGUCCGAUCGUCGGGGAAUCCGCUGACCCUCGGGUUCCCGCAGUCAUGGAUCUGCCAAGCCUUACCGUUGUUCUCCGGGCCGCGCUCAGCCCCAACCCGGACGAGAGGAAGGCGGCCGAGGAGAGCCUCAAUCAGUUUCAGUAUAUGCCACAGCAUUUGGUGAGGUUGUUGCAGAUCAUAGUUGAUGGUACCUGUGAUAUGGCUGUGCGCCAAGUUGCCAGCAUUCAUUUCAAGAACUUUGUGGCUAAAAACUGGUCACCUCAUGAAUCUGGUGAGCCUCAAAAGAUAUCUGAAAGUGAUAAGUGCAUGGUCCGUGAAAAUAUCCUUGGAUUUAUUGUUCAAGUUCCACCACUGUUGAGAGCUCAGCUUGGUGAAUGCCUUAAAACAAUAAUCCAUGCUGAUUACCCAGAACAGUGGCCUAGUCUUCUUCACUGGAUAAAGUGUAACUUACAGUUGCAAGAUCUGCAAGUAGUUGGAGCUUUAUACGUAUUGAGGGUUCUCUCUAGGAAAUAUGAGUUCAAGUCUGAUGAAGAGCGCAUACCACUUUAUCUCAUUGUAGAGCAGACAUUCCCUCACUUACUGAGUAUAUUCAACAAACUUGUUCAGAUUGCUAACCCUUCAGUUGAAGUAGCUGAUUUGAUCAAACUUAUAUGCAAAAUAUUUUGGUCAUCAAUAUAUCUGGAGAUUCCAAAGCAACUAUUUGAUCCCAAUGCAUUCAAUGCAUGGAUGGUUUUAUUCUUGAAUAUAUUGGAAAGGCCUGUUCCAUUGGAAGGUCAACCAUCGGACCCCGAGCUUCGAAAAUCUUGGGGAUGGUGGAAGGUCAAGAAGUGGACAAUUCACAUCUUAAACCGUUUAUACACUCGAUUUGGAGAUCUGAAGCUUCAGAAGCCAGAAAGUAAAGCUUUUGCUCAAAUGUUCCAGAAAAAUUAUGCUGGAAAAAUUUUGGAAUGCCAUCUACAAUUGCUCAAUGCCAUCCGCACAGGUGGAUAUUUGCCUGAUAGAGUUAUCAACCUUAUCCUUCAAUAUCUCAGCAGCAGUAUUCCCAAAAACAGCAUGUACCAAUUACUGCAGCCACAACUAGACACUGUUCUUUUUGAGAUAAUUUUUCCAUUAAUGUGUUUCAAUGACAAUGACCAAAAAUUAUGGAAUGAGGAUCCUCAUGAGUAUGUCAGGAAGGGCUAUGACAUUAUUGAAGAUCUAUACAGCCCCCGGACUGCAGCCAUGGACUUUGUUAGUGAAUUAGUGAGAAAACGUGGCAAAGGAAACCUCCAUAAGUUCAUUCAGUUCAUUGUGGAGAUUUUUAGGAGAUAUGAUGAGGCAUCUGUUGAGUUGAAGCCAUAUCGCCAAAAAGAUGGUGCUCUUCUGGCUAUUGGAGCAUUAUGUGAUAAACUAAAACAAACUGAGCCUUACAAGUCCGAGCUCGAGCGCAUGCUAGUGCAACAUGUAUUCCCUGAGUUCACAAGCUGUGUUGGUCAUCUUCGAGCAAAGGCAGCAUGGGUUGCAGGGCAGUAUGCUCAUAUCAACUUUCAAGACCCAAACAAUUUUCGCAGAGCAUUACAUUCUGUUGUCUCAGGAUUGCAUGAUCCAGAGCUUCCUGUGCGUGUUGAUUCAGUCUUUGCAUUGCGCUCUUUCGUUGAAGCGUGCAAAGAUCUGAAUGAGAUCCGUCCAAUUCUUCCUCAAUUGCUUGAUGAGUUUUUCAAACUCAUGAAUGAAGUUGAAAAUGAGGACCUUGUCUUCACUCUUGAGACUAUUGUGGACAAAUUUGGUGAAGAGAUGGCGCCAUAUGCUAUUGGCUUAUGCCAGAAUCUGGCUGCUGCAUUCUGGAGGUGCAUGGAUACCUCUGAAGCAGAUGAUGAGGCUGAUGAUUCAGGUGCUCUGGCAGCUGUUGGUUGUUUGCGUGCCAUAAGCACAAUUCUUGAGUCUGUGAGCAGGCUUCCCCAUCUUUUUGUCCAAAUUGAGCCUAUAUUACUACCUAUAAUGCGGAGAAUGUUGACUACAGAUGGUCAAGAUGUUUUUGAAGAAGUUUUGGAAAUUGUCUCCUAUAUGACAUUUGUCUCCCCAACAAUUUCAUUGGAGAUGUGGAGUCUUUGGCCUUUGAUAAUGGAAGCUCUUCAUGAUUGGGCUAUUGAUUACUUUGAAAAUAUUCUUGUUCCAUUGGACAACUACAUAUCCAGGGGUACCGCACAUUUUCUUGCCUGCAAAGAUCCUGACUACCAGCAAAACUUAUGGAAUAUACUUUCAUCUAUUAUGUCUGACAGAAACAUGGAAGACAAUGACAUUGAGCCUGCACCAAAGCUUAUUGAAGUAGUAUUCCAAAAUUGCAAAGGUCAAGUGGAUCAAUGGGUUGAGCCAUAUCUCAGGGUUACAAUUGAUCGAUUGCGUCGAACAGAAAAGCCACGCUUAAAAUGUCUACUAAUACAAGUGAUUGCAGAUGCUCUUUAUUACAAUGCUUCCUUGACACUUGGGACUUUACAUAAGCUUGGGGUUGCAACAGAAGUCUUCAGUCUCUGGUUCCAGAUGCUGCAGCAAGUUAAAAAAAGUGGUUUACUUGCAAAUUUUAAGAGAGAAUAUGACAAAAAAGUUUGCUGCCUGGGAUUGACUUCGCUUCUUGGCCUUCCUGCGGACCAAUUACCAGGGGAAGCAUUGGAACGUGUCUUCAAAGCAACACUUGACCUGCUUGUUUCUUACAAAAAUCAAGUUGCAGAGAGUAACAAGCAAAAUGAUGUUGAUGAUGAUGAUAUGGAUGGCCUUGAGGCUGAUGAGGAAGAUGAGGAAGAAGAUGAUUCUGACAGGGAAAUGGGAGUUGAUGCUGAGGAUGGAGAUGAAGCAGACAGCCUCAAGCUCCAAAAGCUAGCUGCAGAGGCGAGAGCUUUCCAGUCGAAUGAUUUUGAUGAUUUGGAUGAUGAUUUUACUGAUGAUGAAGAGCUACAAUCACCUAUUGAUGAGGUGGAUCCUUUUAUUUUCUUUGUCGAAACUGUCCAUGCUAUGCAAGGGUCCAAUCCAACUAGAUUUCAGACCCUGAUGCAGACCUUGGACUUCCACUAUCAGGCACUUGCUAAUGGCGUAGCUCGACAUGCUGAACAGAGAAGAGUAGAGAUUGAGAAAGAGAAGCUGGAUAGCACAGCUAAGUGAUAAUCAUCUACAGUGCUUGUUGGAUCUCUUGGCAUUCUUGUUGCCGAUUGAUCCAUCAAUAUAGGGUUACAACUGAGGUAGGUUGCAGAGUCCCGUGUAUUGGUUGGCUCUGUUGUGGAGAACCUAUAGAGCCAUUGUCUUCCCGCGGUCUGAUUUGUCAGGGUUGUUCCAGAUUCCUACAAUUUUUCCCUCCCCCAUGAUAGGAGAAAUUGAGGUUCCAGAUUCAAGGUGGGGAAUGAUCUGUUGUCUAUGGUAGUGCUCCUAGCACUUCUGUUGCUGGUUGGUGCUGGUUGUGACAGCUUCUCUGGUUGGGGUUGUCAUGCCUAUCAGUGCUUGUUGUUUUCCCUCUCUGUUUUUUUUUACCCUUUUGAGGUAUACAAGCUUUAUUUCAUUGGGAUCAAUUUCCCCUCAUCAGCCGAUCUGUCUGAGUUUUCAUCAAGUGUCUUUGUUUCAUAGUGAGGGUUAUUAGUACAGAAUGUAUAUGUUCUAUCAGGAACUACUAUGACGACAAAUGAGAGGCAAGGUGAGAGGCUGUCAUAUAAUUUUGUUGUGUCAAAAGUUUGUCUUUUUAGUUUUGUAAGUUCUCUGUUCUUCUCCCAAAAAAAGUCACAACCCUCGUUUGUAUUUCAACAAUCUAUAUUCUUUCCGUGGUAGUCAUAAUUGGAGGUUGGUUGGUUUUGUUGAA